AUGAAGAAAGGAAUGGACUUUUCAGAUAUAGUCGAUAAAAAUAAAAGAGAUGAACAGUUAAGGUUGCUAUCUAGUCAAGUAUCAUCAGAAAAUCGUGAGCGGUACUUGGCUAUUUUGAACGACUUCAGGGCAAAUUUCGAGAAUUUUGUAAAGCGCCACCAUUACAAAAUAAAUUCAGACCCUGAUUUUAGAGUAAAAUUUCUAGAAAUGUGCGAUAUUUUAUCAAUUGAUGUGCUGGAAUUAAGUCCAAGAAUAAGGCCUAACUUUUCUAGGGUUUUAGGAACAGUCAACUCUUUCCUGCCUGAAAUUUGUACCUUAAUGCUUGAAAUUUGCAUAAACACAAGGAAUGAAAAUGGAGGAAUAUGCGAACUAAGUUACUUGCUUGAAAUGUUUCCAAAAAGCUAUAAACUCACUCAAAACGAUUUGAUAAAGGCCUCAAAAGAGUUCAGGGUUUUUGGUGACUCAAUCAAAGUGGUUCAAGUAAACGACAAGUACUUCGUUGUUACUAAUCCAGACCUCUCGAACGUCCAUUGUGAAUGCCUUAAGGUGGCUACGGAACUGAAAAGAGGAAUCUCGUGUCUAGAUUUGUCAACACAUUUAGGUUGGACUGUAGAAAGGUCAAAGAUUGUGCUCAACCAACUAACAGCUUCACAGAUUACGUGGAUCGAUAUAAAUACAAACUCUGGUAUUGUUAAUAUAACUCUUCAAAUAAUUGUUACAGAGAACUCACUCGAAAAUCCAUAUUAUUGGUUCACAUCAUUAAUUAACACCUUUUAA